UCCCCCGCCCGACACGCACCCGCCUUCGCCCCCGUCUCAGCGGAGCCGUCGGGGCCCCGGGAACGGCCCGCGGAGCGCGGCGGGGAGCGGGCCCCCUCCCCCUUCGCCUGCCGUCCCCGCGCGGAGGAUGAGGAGCCCCCAGCGCCGAUCAGUAGAAAUAUGCAUUUCCAUAAUACCACCUUUGAACUAAUGAAGUGGAAGUACAGAUGAAAACAGUCUGGAGGAAGCUUGAAGUACAAUACAGUUUCAUUCAGUUUCCUAAUUCGGAGGUAUGUCUUUGAGCCCAUUUGUGAGUUUGGACACCUACAAAAAACAGUAAAGGAAACAAAGGUGGAAAAGCUACAGAAGCAUCCUUGCAGUCAAGCACCGAAUCCUGUAUUAGGCUUCACUGAACAGACUGAGCUUAGCAUUUGUCAAGCAGAAGGACCAAUUGCCCUGCACAGGAAGGAUUAAAAGUGAACAAUGACUCGAUUGAGAGUUCAUGAGCAAUUGCUUGGAGCCUAUCUGCUUAUCAUUCUCCAUGUUCAAGGUCAAAAGCCAGACAGCAUGCUUCAUGGUACAGGAAUGAAGACAAAUUCUGACCAAAAGAAACAAGCAAAUGGAGUAACGCUUGCUCCAGAGGACACCUUACCUUUUCUUAAAUGCUACUGCUCAGGACAUUGUCCAGAUGAUGCUAUUAACAACACGUGCAUAACUAAUGGGCAUUGCUUUGCUAUCAUUGAGGAGGAUGAACAUGGAGAACCCACGCUUGCUUCUGGCUGCAUGAAGUAUGAAGGUUCAGACUUCCAGUGCAAGGACUCGCCUAAAGCGCAGUUACGCCGAACGAUUGAGUGCUGUCGCACUGAUUUCUGCAAUCAGGAUUUGCAACCAACAUUACCACCUCUUGACAGUACAGAUGGACUUUUUGAUGGCAGCAUUCGUUGGAUGGCAGUGUUGAUUUCUAUGGCAGUCUGCAUAAUUGUCAUGGUCAUCUUACUUAGCUGCUUUUGUUACAAACAUUACUGUAAGUCGAUGGCAAAGAGGCACUGUUAUAAUCGUGACCUGGAACAAGAUGAAGCAUUUAUUCCAGCUGGGGAGUCAUUGAAAGACCUUAUUGACCAGUCACAGAGUUCUGGGAGUGGAUCAGGACUCCCACUGUUGGUUCAACGCACUAUUGCCAAACAAAUUCAGAUGGUGAGGCAAGUUGGAAAAGGACGAUAUGGUGAAGUGUGGAUGGGCAAAUGGAGGGGUGAAAAAGUGGCAGUCAAAGUGUUUUUCACCACAGAAGAAGCCAGCUGGUUCAGAGAAACAGAGAUUUACCAAACUGUUCUCAUGCGACACGAAAACAUCCUCGGUUUCAUAGCAGCAGAUAUUAAAGGCACUGGCUCCUGGACACAGCUUUACUUGAUCACGGAUUAUCACGAAAACGGAUCAUUGUAUGAUUUUCUGAAGUGCACUACUCUGGACAACAGGGCUUUGCUCAAACUGGCCUAUUCUGCUGCGUGUGGCCUGUGCCACCUGCACACAGAAAUCUAUGGGACACAAGGCAAGCCUGCAAUUGCACACAGGGACCUGAAGAGUAAAAACAUCUUGAUAAAGAAAAACGGAACAUGCUGCAUUGCGGACUUGGGUCUUGCAGUCAAGUUUAACAGUGACACCAACGAAGUUGAUGUUCCCUUGAACACCAGAGUGGGAACGAAACGUUACAUGGCUCCAGAAGUCCUGGAUGAAAGCCUCAAUAAAAACCAUUUCCAGCCAUACAUCAUGGCUGACAUCUACAGUUUUGGGCUGAUCAUCUGGGAAAUGGCUCGACGCUGUGUCACAGGAGGUAUUGUUGAAGAGUACCAGUUGCCAUAUUAUGACAUGGUGCCAAAUGAUCCAUCCUAUGAGGACAUGAGAGAAGUGGUGUGUGUCAAACGCCUGCGCCCAGUGGUAUCGAACAGAUGGAACAGUGAUGAGUGUUUAAGAGCAAUAUUGAAGUUGAUGUCUGAGUGCUGGGCUCAUAAUCCUGCCUCAAGGCUCACUGCCUUGAGGAUCAAGAAGACACUUGCCAAGAUGGUGGAAUCACAAGAUGUAAAGAUUUGACAUAGGAAAUUGACUUUGGAGAGCAAAGCUGGACUCCCUAGAUCUUUUCACUCAAACGUGGGUGAGGAAGAUAAAAAUAGAGAAGAGGAAAUAACUGAGAUUCAGUAUAUUUUCUCAGCACACUUCUACAGGCUGCUAAUGAAAUCUUUCAGUACUUCAUAGACCAUGAUACUGAGAGCCUCUAUACACUAUGUGCUACAUAUAUGGACAGCCUUGAGAAAAUAACACGUUUUGUUUUGGUUUGAGCUGCAUUGAGACUUCAAUCAUACUUAGUGAGUCUCCAGUAAAACUCUGGGUACUGAAUUGAAUGUUCAGAUUACAGUGCUUUCUGUGAAAGCCUAACAAGCUAUAUGGAUUCAACAGAGAUGGAGAAUAUAAGCUUUUGAGUUUUUUGCCUUCUACCUGAUAAAACCUAGUCAAUCCAUACCAAGUUUUGGUGAAACAGCCUGUAGGUUAUUAAUCUGUUUGUGAUACUACUCAGUUUAACAGUUCUUUAUGCCUUUAUGUGUGUGCCAGGAUUAUUUUGCUGUCAUUUGGAAUAUAUAAGAAACCAUUUAAAUGAACAAAGUUUUAUGGUCAGGGCUCCGUGCAUUUUGUGGCUCCACAAUCAGAGAUUUGCUACUGAAUCUUUUGCCAAUAAGUUAUCUUCAGAAGUCUCAGUUUUAAUUUUUUUUUCUGUUUUUUUAUUUGGUCACAAGGAGAACUGCAAAAAUGUGAACCAUUAACUAAUUAAGAAAUGCCUGCCUAAAUCUGUAAGGAGCUUGAAACAAUCUCUUCUAGAGAUGUAGGCUGCUUUGGUCAUCUCACUUGCAGUCUAGAGAGAGCUUCAUAAUUGGAUCCCUGAAAUUUGUCAUAUUUUUUCACAGUGCCACAUGCAACCAGCAUUUUUGCCAUAGAAUACAUCUUAGCAGAAAGACUGAUGGUGAUGUGUUUUGCCUUCCUGCUGUAAUUGGGACUCUGAUAGGAGUUCAGGCUCUGAAUUUCUUCCCACUAAGGAAGGGAUUUGUCAGCUGUACCAUGUGCUCUUUCAUCAUUUGACAAAACUAGGCAGAAGGUGAGUUUUCAAAGGCUUGAGACCAAGUCUGGUCUACAGACACAAAAGAGGGAAGGCAGGAAGCUCUGGGUGCUCUGAAGAUCAGAGAAUGCAGUAAAGGGUCAAGACCAGGAGAAGUGAGUACGGGAACUGUUGAAGAUCAGAUCCACAGCGUGCAGAAGAUUUGGAGCUGGGUUGCUCUGAUGUAGAUACAGGAUGCCACAUCUGUGGGCCACUUAGUGGAAGUGAAGAUUUGAGACAAGGUAAAUCAGUGGGUGUUGUAAGUUCUAGUUAAGUUUGGGAGGAAUGGCAUUGAAAUUAAAGCAUGAAGAUACAGUAAGUUAGCACAAUUGUAAAACUUGGUUUUAUUGUGCCAACUGUUCAUCCUGCACGAGAAACAGAGGUUUCCCCAUUUUCACCACUGACCCACACAAGGUGUAUAGAAGCCAGAACCCUCCAUGAGGUUACUGUAAAGUAGAAUUAUUGAUUUAUAACUCCUUUGGCACUUCUACGUGGAAGUUAGACAAUAGUACCAUAACUCAAGUUGAAGCUUCAAAGCAUGAAUCGUCUGAAGAUUGAACACACAGUAUUGGAACCAUUGAAUCUAUUUGAUAAUUUAAGUGCCUAUAAUUUUGUACUGUAAAUCUUGUUCUAGAUAACUUUAAAAAGGGAAGCUAUUUAUACGGUGUGUUGUGUGCUUUAGUAAAAAAAAUACAAUAAAUGCCUAGUCCUAGGUACAUCUGUACAAUUAGAUAUAUGCACACACAUGCCAUAGUUGAGAUUUGAAGAAAAAAGAAUAAUACCAGAAUUGAUGAAAUUGUUAAAACUUCAGAUUGAUUUAUGCCAGAUUAUUUGUUGUCUUAAAAUAUUUACAUAGAGAUUGUUUUGAUGUGUUUAAAUUUCCCUUGAAAAUACAACUGAUACAAAGCAAUGUAACACAGAAGUAAUGUGAUUUGUGUACAAUUACAAACUUUUAGCAUGUUACCUUUUCCUUUUAAUCCUGUAGUUCCCAUAAUGUAAAUGGUCAGGCAAAAGAUUGCAGUAUUUUUAUUUUCUAUUGUGAUGUACAGACUUUAUUUAACAGUUCUACAUAUUUUAUAGAAAACUAGCUAUUUCAAGGGACUUUUUUUUUAAAUAAAGUCAUUACUUUUGUUUAGUAAUGCCUUCUAAGUAUUAAUAUGUAUUCUGGCUGAGAAGUUCAUAGGUAUGUCAACUUUAACUUAUUUGAAAACAGCGAGAGAUUUAUGAUAUUGUGCCACAAUCCUCAUGAUAAAGGGCUUUUAAAAAAAAGUUUCUCCGUCCAUUGCCAAGAAAUUUAUGAUGAUUUUGAAACUGUUAAUCAUGUCUUCGCACAUAAUUUUUGCACAGGUAGUUGGAAAACUUUUGGUAUAAGCCAAAAACAGUAAGGGAUAAGCUUUUUUUUUCCUUCUCUAGAAUUUUUAUCAAUAAGAAGGAAAAAAUGUUUAUGUAGGUACCCUGCUAGCUUAAACUUUCAGAGCAUGAAGAUCUAUCUAAAUUAACCCCGUCCUAUGUAGAGUAUUGUGUCAUUUCUUUUAGAAUUUGCCACAUCAUCAUUUGCUGUAAACAUUUUUUGUGAAUUUUUUUUUAGUUCAUUUUUCUCAGCUCUUUGGGAAGCCCCUUCUGGAAGUAUGAAUUUCAAUAAUUUUUAAAUUUUCACUUAUUUUCUUUUCCAUUGUUUAGUUAUUUGCAAGGCAGCAAUAGGAUGGUUAGACACCUUAGGACCUAAAUUGAUUUUCAGGUUUACUUUAACAUAGAGGGAGCCAACUGCUGCAAAGAUGACUUUUCGAGAGGGGGGAAAAAAAUCUUUUUUGCCUUAAACCUAAUUUAUCAGCACUUCAGUUACUGUGUUCAUACUCAAAUGUAUCAUGUGUAGUUCUUGCUGUGCUGAACAGCAGCUUCCUUGAUUCUGGUACUCAACAAAACAUUAACACUAAAGGAUGUCUGUACUGAUACUUUAUCAUUUGAGGGGAAAAAAUGUGCUCUAAGCCAGCCCAUUAAUUUUUACUUAACUAAGCAUAAUUAAUGCAGACUCCAAAGGUAAGUUGCUGCUUUCUGUAGUGUUCAGAAGCCUUUAAGUUCAGAGAGGGUAAAAAUAUUCUUCUAUUGGACUGUGAUUAAUCUGAUUUUUGGUGGUCAAAAUUUUAAGCAUUUGUCAUUUGAGAAAAUAUCCUCCAAAACUGGCAAAUGUGGUUGUUUUUCUGGUUGGUUGGUUGUUUGUUUUUUUUUUUAAUACAAAAAUCAACUGUGUGGAAAAUACCUUGGGGAUUAUCAAGACUGUGCCUUGGAAGUUCUUAAACAUUCAAAUAGAGGGGCUUUUAUGUUUAUUGAACCUGUUCCAUGUGAUUUUAAAUGGAAAUAAUUGGAGUCACUUCAUUCUUAUUGUUACAGCAACUAAAAGGAAAGUUUUUGUGUUCCUUGUUUAAUUGUAAAUUCUACCAGAAAUGUGGUAUUCCUACAGAGAAAAUUAGGCUUACAAUCUGAGUUUAUUCUGAAUUUUACUUAAUAUAAUUUUUCUUCAAGAAACAAUUUUCCCAAUAUCCAUCACUUUUUCUGAAAUGUGUCUUUAAUUAUCCUGUUUUGGGGUCUUGAAUGAAAUGUAAAAUUAAUAUUUUAACUUACCUCCAUAGUAGUCUAGAAUCAAAUUUUAGAUCUUGAUCGAAUUGACCAUUUGAAUGUGUUUAUAAAACAAAUAAUUUGGGUGCAUUUUGUCUACUCUGUCUUAACAGACAGUAUUGUAAUGGUCUAAAAGUGUUUGAAGAGCAGAGAUAUAAAGUUAAUAAACAUUCUUUUGCUAUUGCUGAUAUUUUUAAAGGGAAGUUACAUGCUCAUCUUCUGUGAAAUAUUAGAAUGAUUUAGCCUUUGCUCACUCUCCUGACAGUGCCUCUGAGUUAAGUCUUUAUCCUGUGCCCACAGUCUUUAUUCCAGGUAGGGGUGAUGUCUAAAAGCAGCUGGCAGUGUUGCACAGCACAGUCCUUGUGGAACCAUGGUGCUCAGCCUUGGUUGUACAGCAGAACUAGAGGGCGCAUGACAUCUGGUUUUUCAACAAAUCUAAUGUAAUUGUUGCUUUGUGAUAUUUUACUGUUUAAUGCAAUUAUGGAAGCCCACAUCAUGUAGUGACAUUUGUGCUCCGACAUGACAUGCCCAAAUUGAAAUGUACUAUAUUGUAUACAAGAAGAAUAAAUAACAUUGUAGUUAACCUAGAGAAGAUGUAAAUAAAAUAUGAAAGAAGAGUGGAACAAGACAAAUGGUCACACUCUUGUGUGUGUUAUAUGCCAGAAGUGUAGAAUACUACUUUAAAAAUGUAACACACUAAUGUAUUUUGUACAGCAUCUGCUUUAGAAGGUGCCUUAUUGAGUUUACCAUGAAUUGCUUGUUCUGUACACAGAUUAUGUCCAAUGUAUCAUUUUUAAGUAAAUAACCUUAUUUUAGUA